AUGAGUGAUCAUAACAGCAACGGUGGUACUGUUAAUUAUCAUCCUCGAUUGUGUCAUUUGACUAAGUGGGAUGAUUUUAAUGGUUAUGGAUUUAAUUUACACGCCGAAAAGGGCAAGGCGGGUCAGUACAUCGGAAAAGUGGACGAAGGGUCCCCAGCUCUGGCUGCCCAACUUCGACAGGGUGACCGCAUCGUUGAAGUGAAUGGCGUAAAUAUUGGAAAUGAAAAUCACCAGCAAGUUGUACAGAGGAUCAAGGCGGGUGGUGAAGAAACGAAGUUAUUGGUGGUCGAUGGCGAGACGGACCUUUACUUCAAAGAACAGAAGAUUGUCAUACGGGGUGAAAUGCCAGAGGUAAUUUAUUGUAAAACUCCCCUGACCUCUGAUGCUGUCCUGACGGAAGGACCUGUACACGUAAAUUCAUACCAUACAGCUGAUACAGAUGCCCUUAAUCACAAUGAAGAAACAGGGGAAAUGACACAAGCUAAGGAUUUUAUACAAGAAAAUGACACUACAGAUGCUACAGCUUCUGCAAUAAAUGGUGUAAAGGAAGACGUGGCGGCACCCCUAGAAACUGCUGAGGAAUUAAAAGAGAAUGGUAUCCCUGAAGCUGUUGUGGGAGAAUCUGUUGCUGAAGACAUUCUGCCAGAACCAGAAAUACUUUCAGAAUCUAACCCUGUGAAUUCAGAAAUUGCAGCUUCUGGACUAGAACCAGAAAUGGAACGGGAAUAUGCUGCACCAAUGCCAGAUCCUGAACCUGAACUACCAAUUCCAGAACCUUUACCUACUGCACCAAUUCCAGAACCUGAGCCAGUGUUUGCGGCCACUCACUCUGAGCUGAAAGCUGAAGCAACACAGCCAUCUGUUCCUGAAACUGCUGUUGAAAGAAAAGAUACCAGAGGUCCACACAACAAAGUGGAGGAACAAAGGGAACGACACCAUCUUGAGACUAACCUGGCUAAGUUCAUGUGGAGAUGGUAUCUACCCGAUGGAGCCGACCCAUUUGACGUUAUCCUGCAGGCUAUCGCCACGUUCCUGCCACCCGAAUAA